UACAUUUUUCGUUCAUGUGUCUCUCUAAUGGCAUUGUCUUUUCUCCGGCUCGUCUUCAGUCUGCUGAUGGUCCUGAUGGUCUUCCAGGGGGUGUGUGUGAUGUUUUAUUACACACGCAACACACACUCGCCCAGGGAUGGGACGGCGGACAGGCUUCAGCAGGUGCGCUGCACUAAACUUAGACACAAGUUUGCCAUUAUCAAGCCAGCCAAAAGUAUACAGCUGCAGCGUUUCACACAGGAGCUGUCUGAUUUUAUGAGCUGCCCGUACCAAUCAAACACAACUGAGCGAGAGUUGAACAGGAUGAGGCUGCAGUAUUUAUGUAACGCCACAGGAUCGUUAUUCCUCACCAAACAAAACACAGCCAUCAAUCAGACCAUCCCAUAUGAAAAAAGCACAGCAAAAACAUACAAAAUGAAUGCAGCCAUUCAUGGCAUGCUGCCUGAGGAUUUCCCCUGGAGCGGUCGUCGUCUGGGUCGGUGUGCUGUGGUCGGCAGUGGUGGGAUUCUGAAGAACAGCAGCUGUGGACGUGAGAUUGACAGCGCAGACUACGUCAUACGGUUUAAUUUGGCGUCGAUUAAUGACAGCGAUGUUGGUCUGAAGACAGAUCUCAUAACCAUCAACCCCAGUCAGAUCCGAUUCAAAAACCUGGACAAGAAUCCGGAGCCGUUGGUGGAGCGGGUCAGUGUGUACGGGAACGCCUUCCUCAUUAUGCCCGCCUUUGCUUACACCUUCUGCACUGGGCAGUCAAUCAAAACUCUCAGGGUCCUCCAUCCAAUCAGACCUCAACAGCCGGUGGUGUUCUUCAGCCCCACUUACCUGCGGGCACUGGACCGUUUCUGGAAGGGGCGUGGCCUGAAGGAGGUCCGCCUCUCCACUGGGUUUAUGUUAAUUAGCACGGCGCUGGAACUGUGUGAGGACGUGCACGUGUAUGGAUUUUGGCCGUUCGGCACAGACUUGCAUAACAAUUCAGUCCCGUAUCAUUAUUACGACGAGUUGAGUCCGCACCGCUACAUGCACUCGAUGCCGGAGGAGUUUGUGCGGCUUCUGCAGCUCCACAGCAAGGGGGCGCUGACACUGCACCUGCAGCCCUGCUCCUAGAACAUGGACUUGUGAUCUUAUUUUGACUGUCUGUGACUGUCUAUUUAUAUGAGAGGACACAUUAUAGAAGUAAACUGUUUUACAUGAAUGCAUUAUCUUUAUUUAAAACCCAUUUCAGGAUGGAAGCGGGCCUACGUUUAGUCAGAUUUAGUUCACUGGAGAUUGUUUCCUCCCCAAGCUGCUUGAGAGAUCUGAAACAUAGAUACAAUAUUUAUUUCCUCAUUGUGCUUAGUUUUGGAAUAAAAUGUGUUUAAUAUGUUGUCAGUUAU